AUGGUGAUGUUUAUAAUUAUUAAAGUGUCGCCGCAACAACAACAACAAACAGUUCUACCACAAGCAUCGAAAAAGGCGGCAGACGGCACUCAGAGAGAGAGUCAGGUCGCUAAAAAGCACAAAUCCGAGGGUGCUCUCAUGAAAUCUCGCUACACGAAGGCGAGGUUCAUUCUAAGCAAGAUUGCCAAAAAUGAACUCGCUGGAGCGACUGACGAGCGCGACGCGGCUGACAAAUUAAAAUACCAGCAGGUGGUUAAGGAGUACAAAGACUUCUUAUCCAAAAAACCUAAAGAAGACGACAGGAAAAAAGGCGAUGCGUUGAAGAGAAACAGGUCACAGGACGUGAUCGAUCAGGCACCGAAGAGACCUAAGGUGUCCAGCAGCAUCGAAGAAACGAAACAACGACCGUUCAGUGAGGUGGUUAAGGAUAACCUCCUCUAUGCACUAAUCGAUGAAACCACAAAUAGUGGCAAAGUGGUCCUGCAGAAGUGGGGGCAAGUGGAGGCCAAACUGUCCAAGCUCGUGCUAGACAAGCAUGUGGUUGGAGCACAGGGCGGAUUUCUCCCUUCCUUCGAUUCUGCAGGAGUACUUCGCGGCUGCAGGGUCAUCAAGUGCGACGACGACUGGUCAAGGGUUGUCCUAGAAAGACAUCCUCGCGCUCGCAUUUGGCUACCAGUGAUGGACUUGAGCGGUGCAGAAGUGCUGAAAUGCCUCAAGUCACACAACCCUGCGGUGCCGAUGGACGACUGGGCAAUCGUGAAGGCAGAAAAACCGCAAAAGAGCAGCAUGUCAUUCGUUCUGCAGAUCAACGAUGAGUGCCUGCCAAUACUAAAACAACAAGACAACAAAAUGCGGUUUGGUCUAAGAAAGGCCAAACUGAAAAUUUUCAAAGCAGACAGCAAUGCAAAUGAGGAAGACCCAGACGAGGUCGACAACAACAUACAGCUGGAAAGGCUAGAAAAGCUGGACCUAGCUGAAGACGACAAUAAAUCCGAUGCCUAG